CACCGCGCGACUUCCCGUCGAGGACAGCAGCACCGCUUCACCGCACCGCCUGACCUGCGCAUUCCCGCUCAUCGAGGCAGCUGCGUCAACUAUGGCUCCGUUCCGGAAUAGGGACCGCUCCAACAGAUCGGGACGCGGCCAAGUCGAGCAUAAUGUGCUCGAGGGACUUCCCAUCAAUCAGUAUAAAGAGGUCGAAAUUACCAUUGGACCAAGCUCUUCCGAAUCCAAAGAGGUGGACAAAGAUGCGUGGCCCGAACCACCUAUGCCACGGGAUUCCCAUAUGCUGCCGGAGCACUCCCAGCAAUUACUUCGCGCAGCAAGAGCAGGCCGGAUGUACAAGCCGCCAGCACCGCCGGAAGAAGAUAAGGAGGCCAUGGAUGAAGAGGAUGAAACGAAGGAGGUUUCCCAGGGCUUCACUGUCAAGAAGUGGGCCAAAGUACCGCGACAUCUCGAGGAACCGGAGCCUGAGUAUCUGGCCAAGCGACGGAAAGGCUUGCCGUCACAGUACGCCAUGUCUAGUCAAGUGCCGGCGCAGCCCACGCCAAUGAGGGAAACUAAGGUCAAGAAAACCGACGCAGAAGGCAACGUGAGCGUGUACAAGGUCCUGGUUCCAGAAGGCCAAGCCGUGGAGGGUGAAAUUCAGCCGACGGAUGCCGUUAGCGAGGCAGCACCCACGACUGCCGCUCCAGGAACAGUAGUGGAAGGUGUCGGAGUGGUCAACGCCGAAGGCAUGGUGGUAGCCAACGACGUCAUGCAACACACUCCACCACGAAGGAGACCGCCCCCUCCUAAGAAGAAGAAGAAAAGCGGCCCUGGAAGGGGAAAGAAGAAGGUUGUGUUCGUGGAAGGAGCCGAGCAGCAAGGGACGCCUGCUUCUACUACAGGCAGCGACCUUCUCGCGGUGCCUGGAGUCAAGCAGGAAGGGGGAUCUGUCGAGCCUUCAGAGGGCGGCGAUACUCCCAUGGCAGAUGCUGGAGACGAAGAGGAAGGUUCAGGCGAGGAGGGAUCAGAGGAUGAGGAGCACGAAGAAGGGACUCAUUCGCCGACGCCCGCUAUUGCAGUAACUCCUUCGAAGACGCCCGCAGAGCCUGCCAACGCCCCGGUUGCUGAACCACCGAAGGAGGAACCCAUCGUCGAAGCAGUGCCUAUAGCGGACACAGCACCCGUUACAGAUACUCCUAAAAUUACCCCAGCAGAGCCUACUCCACCUUCUGCGCCUCCAGGAGACGACGGAGCUGCCGUGGCAACCCAAAUUGAGCCCGAAAAGCAGGAGAAAACUGAUCGCGAUCCAUCAAGUUCCCCGGAACUACCCCUCUCCGCUAUGGCUCACAGCAGACAAAAUUCGUUAAAUCAACUUCCUACAAUUCCUCCCCUCGAGCCUGCGGCUCCUGAACCUGUUUCCGCUGAAGAGCCUGUCCCUCCUGCCGAACCCGUUGAGUCUGUCGAAACUGUCGAAACCGUCGCGCCUGUCGAACCGGCCCCUGCGCCUCUGCCUCCGCAGGAACCGGCGGCCGAAGAAAUACAAGCCUCAGAUGGCGAACCCGAUCUGCUCGGAAGCCUCGAGAGGCAGCUUGAGAAAGACAGUGAGUCAAUGGCAGCUCCCUGACCUUAUCUAGGCCACCUCACGCAACCACCCAGACAGCAUUUACCUUGCAUAUGAUUGACAGUUAGAGAAGGCCGAUAUUUGUCCAAUUUGGCUCAGAAGCAAGCUCGCCACGCUCGCAAAUGAUCGAUUUUGGAGACUAUCUGGCACUCAUUCUUUCCUAUUGAGUUUAGGGCUUUAGGGUUUGUCGGAUGCGGGCCGCGUCUUGUAUACCUCUGUAUGAGUAGGAUAGUGUAGAUACCACCUGUGGACGGUGUCUUUGAGCUCUUGUCAUUCUGUC